AUGGCGGCGGAGCGGGACGGGGAGCGGGACGGGCACCGAGCGCUCGGCCCGGGCACGGCCGGGCGGUCCCAGCGCUCCGCUCCGCUCGCCCCCGAGCAGGGGGUCAAGGAGAAGGCCCGGCGCCGCUUGAGGGAGUUCGAUGUCGGGGACAAGUUCUCCCGCCUGCCGCUGGCCAAAGCUGCCGUGCUGCUGCCGCUGAUGGUGCGGGGGGGGCGGCUGCACCUGCUGCUCACAGUGCGCUCCAUGCAGCUGAGAAGAUCACCGGGGCAAGUGUGUUUUCCAGGAGGUAAAAGUGAAGCCAGUGAUAAAGAUGAAAUUGCCACUGCUCUCCGAGAAGCUAAAGAAGAAGUGGGACUCCAGCCAGAGAAGGUGGAAGUCAUCUGUAGGCUGAUGCCUGGAAUUGAUAAGAUGAAUCAUUUGGUGACACCAGUUGUAGGAUUUAUAGAGGAUACAUUCCAGGCCACUCCUAAUCCAGAUGAAGUGAGCGAGGUUUUUGUUGUGCCUUUGGAGUACUUCAUCAAGCCCUCAAAGUACAAGGCCUUGUCUUAUAAAACCUCAUCAGGUUUCGUAACUCUGAUGCACUGCUUUAUAUAUGAUGACCAGGAACAUAAAAAGUCAUUCAAGAUAUGGGGACUUACUGCACACUUUGCUGUAUUUCUUGCUCUUGUAAUUUUUGGAGAGAGACCUACAUUUGAAGUGGAUUAUGACCUUGACAGCUUGAUUUCGUCCUCUGAGAAUAACUUUAUUAAUUUGUAUGCAUCUAUAUAUGAAGGAAAGAAGAGUAAUCUAUGACAAACUGAUACAGCAAUCAAUUUAUACUGAAGGAGGAAAAAGGGUUUUGUUUAUUCCCAUUGUACCUGUUAUUUGUUUGAAAGUUACACUUGAAAUUUUUCAGAAUUGGGAACUUCUUAAAGCUUAUUUCUAAAUAAUAUUUUUCUGUUGACAAUCCCUGACUAGAUUAAUAUAAUUUUUAAUCUUUUUUAAAGUUGCCAAAGGCACACAGCAUUUUUUAUGAAACAGAGUUUUGGAAGGUCUGUUUCAGUUCCUGCCUCUGUUUUGUGUGGUCGGAGAUACUUUCCAUGGUUUGCCUUCUGUAUAAUGAGAUAGUACUAUUUUAUCUAAUUUGUGUCUCUUUGAGCCAGCAUAUGAAAGCUUUUGGGGGUCUGCCUGUCUUCUUACAUGUGGCAUACUACCUGUGGACAACGCAAUGGGUACAGCCUGAUGUGGCGUCUUUAAGCACUUAAAAAAACGCACAAUAAAAAUAUCAAAGGUG